GUUAGUGUUGCAGUGUUGGUUGAUGCAGUUACGCCAUUAGCUCUUCUCUCUUUCUUUUUGCAUUCAAAAUGUCCUCUAGUUCUAGUAGCUUGCCUGAGAACUCUAUCUGGGAUCUCUCUUUGUAUGAGGUACAGCGUAAGCCUCAUGAUGUAGUAACUGAUGGUUCGUUGCUAAGGAUCAGCCCCAGGGCCCUGCACUCUGAGCUGAUGUGUCCAAUCUGUCUGGACCUCAUGAAGAAUGCACAAACUACAAAAGAGUGCUUGCAUCGUUUCUGUCAAGAGUGUAUCAUCACUGCCCUGAGGAGUGGUAAUAAAGAGUGUCCUACUUGUCGAAAGAAGUUAGCUUCAAAACGUUCGUUGAGGUCUGAUCCCAACUUUGAUGCACUCAUUGCCAAGAUUUAUCCAAACAGAGAUGAGCUCCUUCAGCAACAGGAUAAGCCGAGACUAACAUUCCACCAGUCAUUGCAAUAUUUAUCAACUAGAAAGAGAAGAGCUGACACUCCACAAGAUGUCCCCAGUACUGUUGCUUCAGUCAGUAAUACUCCAUCGCCAAACACGAAAGUACAAAAAAUACAGCAACAAGAAACUAACGAUGAAGAAGUUGAACUGAUUGAGAAUACCUCCACCAGUCAAGAGGAAGAGAAAGAGGUGCGUCUUGAGUUUCAGUUGAGGCCACACCCUUCAGAUGAUUCUGUUGCAUCUUUGGAUAUUCGUAAUUUAGCAACUUCACCUGGUGCCACUGUUGCUCAUAUUACCAAGUUCCUGUCAUUGGUCCAAAGCCCAGAUUCAUCAAUCAAUGAUAAUAAUAAUGAUAAUAAAGGUUCCUUCAGUAUAUCAACUCAGCUGGGAUCUGAUGAAUAUAUAAAACUGUCUGAGUCUACAAGUUUGAAACAAAUCUGUGAGAAUUUUUGGACUCCUGGAGAAAAAAUGAUGUUAUAUUUUUCGUCCGUUCCAAACGAGACAACAGCUGCAACUAAAUAAAUGGACUAUUUGAAAGCAAACUUGUUAAUAAAUAAUAAAUAAUAAUAAUAAAUUAUUAAUAAAUAUCUGUGCUUUAAUUAUCUGUUUGGUUUUAUUCAUGUUCACCUCAUUAA